UAUAUCAUUUUGCAGUCUGACUCUUUUGCAAACUGCGCACUGGAAAAUAGAAGCCGGCCACAUGAAUUCUUACUUCUUGGAUUCACUAAAGAAAGAGAUAUCAGCAUCUUGCUCUUCCUGUUUUUUAUGGUGGUCUAUAUGAUGACCCUCUUGGGAAACAUAACCAUUAUUUCACUAUCUAGAAUUGACGAAUCUCUAAGAACGCCUAUGUAUUUUUUUCUCAAUAACUUCUCCUUCCUUGAAAUAGGCUACACCACUGUCACUGUACCCAAAAUGCUCUUUGAUUUGUUAUCUGGAAACAUGGCUAUAUCAUUUAACAGUUGCCUCACUCAGAUGUAUUUCUUUUUCCUUUUUGGCACUACAGAAUUCUUCAUUCUGGCUUUAAUGGGAUUUGACCGUUACCUGGCCAUCUGUAACCCGCUUCACUACACCAACAUCAUGAACACACGGUUCUGCUACAAGCUCAUCACCGGAUCUUGGUUAGGCGGUUGUAUGGUUCCAACCGUACCCACAAUUGUACUUUCUCAAAAACCUUUCUGCGGCUCCAAAACAAUCAACCAUUUCUUCUGUGAUGUAGGCCCAUUGAUAAAAAUAUCAUCCCCUGACACUUUCUUCUUAGACACCAUAGUAUUAAUGGUGUCUGCCAUCGUGGUCCUUAGUUCGUUAUUGCUUGUUACAGUGUCCUACGUUUUCAUAAUAUCUGCCAUUCUACGAAUAUCUUCUUCAGUGGGACGUCGUAAGGCUUUCUCAACAUGUGCUUCACAUUUUUCAGUAGUGACUAUUUUCUUUGGAACGGUUAUAUUCAUGUACCUAAGACCAUCCUCUGGUGACAACUAUGAAUUUGACAAAGCAGUUUCUGUCUUUUAUUCAGUUGUCACACCUGCAUUAAACCCUCUUAUAUACAGCUUGAGAAAUAAGGAUGUGAAAAUGGUUUUAAUAAAAGUAAUCCAUAGGAAAGGGUACCCUAUGAGGAAAUACUAGACUUACUAAUUACACUAAACAAAAGGCUUUCUAAAGCUUAGCCGUGAUAUAGGCUUGCCCCAUUGAUCUGUAAAGUGCUGGCUGGCUGUAUGU